GCCUGGACUCCUGGGCCCCUUACUCCAGUGCCCGCCACACCCAGCUCCUCCCCCCUUGAGGGCAGGGCCUGGCCAGCUCCCAGCCACUGACUCAGGGCCCAGGCAGCUCAGGUGUGUGAGGGCCCCAGGCAAGGCGGAUCGCCAGCCCCCAACAGGGAGCUUGGGCCAUGGAGACAGGGCUGGGGGGCUGGACCCCCAGAGCCCAGGGGAGUCAGAGCCUGGGGGCAGUGGUGAGGGAAGUGGCACCCGCUGCCUCCUCCCCUCCCAGCCAGCUUCAGCCUGGGAGGUUCAUAUAGCUCCUGGCACAAGGGCCUGUUCCUGGCUGCAGGGAGGUGCCCUCAGGGCCAAGCAUGGCCGGAGACCUGGAGCAGCUGCGGGAGAAGCUGCAGCUGAGCCCUGCUGCCCUGCGCCGCCAGGAGGCCAAGGGGGCGCCACGGGAGCCUCCUGAUGUACAGCACCCUGCUCGGAGCCGCUGCCAGCUGGAGCCACUAGGCAGAGAUGCUGGAGCCACCUGGCGGGGGCAGCUGAGGGCAGCUGAGCGCAGUGGGAGCCAACCUGCGGGGCUGGAGCGGCUGGGCCGGAGCCCUCCAAGGCUGGGGCCCCCCACCCAUCCUGACCUGAGGGCCGGCAGCCCUGAACGGCCCCGGUUUCCGCCCCUGUCUCCCGUGUCCCGGGCAGGCAGCGACCCCGGGCUGGUGCCCGACCACUGCUCAGGCCCUGGCGCUCGCAGCAACUCUGAGGGGCAUCUAAGCCCACCCCUUGCCCUCCGCAGCCAUGUGGGGCGGCUGCGGGCCCAGGAGAUCCGGCGGCGCCGGGCACGGGCCACUGAGGCUGACUUGGGGCUCCUGAACGUGGGUGGGGAGGUGGGGGGCUUCCAGCACCCGCUGCUGGAGCCGGCCCCUCAGCUCCCUGCCGUCCCCUCCCUCCUGCUGCCCCCUGACAACAGGCCCCUGGAGCCCAGCGUGCUGCGCAGGCUCAAGGAGCUCUUUGCCCGGCAUGAUGCCCAGUGCACGGCGCUGCACAUGCUGCACAUGGACUGCCUGGCCACCAGGAUCACAGGGGUCACUCAGGAGGAGCAGCGGGCAAUGGGGGUGAGCUCAGGCCUGGAGCUCAUCACGCUGCCCCACGGGCACCAGCUGCGCAGAGAGCUGCUGGAGAGGCACAGGGUGCUGGCGCUGGGCAUUGCCGUGGACCUGCUGGGCUGCACAGGCACUGUGGCAGAGCGGACAGCCACGCUGCACCACAUCAUCCAACUGGCGCGUGCCCUGCGGGAUGUGGCCGGUGACCUCUUUGCCCUCUCAGCCGUCAUGAGCGCCCUGCAGCUGCCCCAGAUCGCGCGGCUGGAGGAGACGUGGAGAUGCCUGCGGCAGAAUCACACUGAGAGCGCUGUGGCCUUUGAGAAGGACCUCAAGCCCUUCGUCAGGCGCCUGAGCCGGGGGGAAGAGACCAGCACCCCAGGGGCUGUAGCAGUGCCCUUUGUGGUGCCCCUGCUGGGGCUCCUGGAGGGCGAACGGCUGUGGGAUGACCAUGAGGACAGCUGUGAGUCGCUGCUGCGGACACUGGGUGCUGCCCGGGACAUGGCUGCCCACACCGGACGCUACCAGGCCCAAGCAGAGGCCACACUCCAAGGCUUCCAGCCCACCCCCGAGCUCCUGGAAGCCUUCCAGACGGAAUUUGCCCUCCGCCUCUUCUGGGGCAGCAAGGGAGCAGAGGCCAGCCAAGCAGAACGCUAUGAGAAAUUUGACCGGAUCCUUACCGUCCUGUCUCAGAAGCUGGAGCCAGCCAGGAAGACAGAAACUUAGGAUCUAGCCAGAUCUGACCCCCAUGGGGGAAGGGGGUGUGGAUCUCUGCAUUGGGACAGCCCCCAGAUCUGGUGGGAUGAAACAUAAGACAGGUGGAGGGGGAAUAGGCAGUGUUGGGAUGGGGAAAAAUAGGCAAGAACAGCACCUUGGUUCUUUUGUAUCCUUAAAUUAAAAGAACCUGGAGGAUCUUCCGAUUCUCUUUCCCCCUGGCUGAGGCAGGGCAGGGGGUGAAAACCUUGGCUGCAAAAGGUGCUGUGUGCCUAUCGCUGUCCCAGGACCCCUGUGGGCCGUUCUGCCUCUCACAGUCCAGGCAGGGGCAGUGGCAGAGAGGCGCUAGCAGGAACACUACCCUGACACCAGGCAAUGGGGAAAGACAUGUGCUAGCAACUUAGAUGCAGCUAGCCCAAGGGGUGGUUGGAGGAGAGGGUCGUGGCAGGGACUAUGAGGGAGGUAGAAGGUAGAUUUGGGGGCAGAUUGAUCACAGAAUCCAGGGUAAAAUUACUCAGGAAUCAGUGUAUUGUAUGUCCACACACCCUUACCACCAUUUCUUUGCCUACUAAAGACAAGGGCUAGUUAAACCAGCACAAAAAGGCUGUUUGUUGUGUGCAUCCCCCACCCCUCCACAGAAUAAGAUCCGGGGCACAUGACUCCACAUUAAGCAUGUUGUGUGUCCACGCCUUUUAAAUCACAUUUUCCUCCCUGCUUGUUAAGAGUUAUUUUAACAGCAAUAAAGGCUGUUUGUUACACACGCAUACAUAUGAACAUGCACAACCAUCAUAGGAAAAGAUCUAGGGGAAAUUAUUCCAGUUUAAGCAUACUGUGUCCAGACACCCUUAAAAUCCCUUUGCUUGCUAAAACAAGGAUUAUUUUAACCAGCUUCCAAAGGUUAAAAUAUCCGAAAGGUGGUGGGGGUAUGAUUCCCGCAAGUUGUUCAUUAUGCACACGCACACACACCCCACCCCUCCAAUCCCAGAAUAAGAUCCAAGGUAAAUUACUCUGGAAUAGGUGUGUUGUGUGUCCGCACAUCUUUCAAACCCCAAUCCCUCCCCCCCCACCCGCACCCCUUCUGGGUAAGGUAAGUGUUAUUUUAACAGCACAAAAGGGUUAUUUGUUUUACACACACACACACACCCCCCCAAAAUAACAUCUGGGGUAAAUUACUCUGGAAUAAAGUGUGCUGUGUGUCCACAUGCCCUUACAAUCCCUUUGCUUGCUAAAAUAAGGGUUAUUACACACACACACCCUCCCAAACAACCCCACCCAAAUAAAGCCACAACCACCUCCAAACUGCAUCUCAUCUUGUUUUUAUAAACUUUCCUUUAAAACCUGGCACAGGAGAGGGAAUAACGAUGACUCACCCCACCCCCCUGCCCCUGCAAAAAUCACCCCCCCCAAAAAAUCUCUGUACAUAAAGUGUAAGCAAGGCACCGCGGGCUGAGCUCGAGUACAUUCGACGGCGCUAGCAAGAGGGGCUCAGAUACAGCAGCCUAGAAACCACCUGUCAGAACCAAGAGACCACCCCCCUCUUAACUGGGAGCCACUGGGAUGCCCAGAAGUCCAUUAACAAGCCAUCAGAGUGGGGCUGAGGGGUUGAGGCUAAAACACAGUGGGAAGGGGUCCCAGUAUAAAAGGCUAUCAUAUAUUAGAGUCCUCUAAAAAAAA